UUAUAUAUAUAUAUAUAUAUAUAUAACCCAACUUUAGAUUUCUGUAAAAGCGAAACCAGAUGGAGAUGAUGAUCCAGUACAACCGGUUUAUUGCACCCAUCUUGCUCCUCUCGUUGAUCCUAGUUCUUCCCUUGGCCGUCGCCAAAGACGUUAGAUAUUGCGAUACGCGAGCUGAGUAUGAUGUAAAGGUUCAAGGUGUUGAGAUUUCGCCUAAUCCGAUCGCCCGGGGAAAGCCUGCUACCUUCAGCAUCGCUGCAACAACAGGUGCAGCUAUCGAUGGGGGGGGGGGGAAAUUGGUGAUCGUGGUUUCGUAUUUUGGAUGGCACAUUCACAGCGAGACUCACGACCUUUGCGAUGAGACAUCUUGCCCUGUGUCCACUGGUGAUUUUGUGGUUUCUCACUCUCAAGUUUUGCCGGGAUAUACUCCUCCUGGCUCAUACUCUCUGAAAAUGAAGAUGUUGGAUGCUAACAAACAUGAGUUGACAUGCAUCGGGUUCGAUUUUAGCAUCGGGUUCGCAUCAUCUGUGGCUGAUGUUUAAACACCAGAAUUUGGAACAAGAACAAUGCCUUUAAAGCGAAAUCCAUGUAAAGUACUCUAUAUGUUGCAUGAAUGUUCUUAUCAUGCAUGUC